AGCAGAGCACAGCGACGGCGCUGCUCGCACCAUUUAUCAUUUUCCUAAAUGAUCGCUGCCUCCUUCGCUAAUACUGAUGCCGGGUGCCCACGCGCUAUGUAGUGUGCUCCCCCUCUCACACACGUACCCCUCUGGGAGGCACUCUCCCUUUCCUAUUCCCUCUGCCGCCUUCACGCACCUGCCUGCCUGCCUGUCGCCAUCGCAAUCGUCGUCGCCGCCUGGCGGCGUGCGAUCUGUGUCUAACGGGGCUUUUCAGUCUCCUCGCGAUGCUCUUCCGUUGAUCUUCACGUGCGCUGGCGACGUCGUUUCCUUUCCUCUCGUUUCGUUUCUACUGCUCUCUCUUUCUGUUCUCUCUACGGAAAUAUUUGCGUUUGUUCCACGGAAAAUAGUGAAAAAUCGUGUGUUGACAAAUUACUCGUACCAUUUGCAAAACAUAUGCACAGAAAUAAAAUAUGGAAAAUUUCAAAUGAAAUUACAGCGAAGGCGUAUAAAUAUUUGAAUAAUUUAAUUAACCCUCAAUGACAGGCGAAUGGCCGGACCAAGAAAUACAAUUACUAAUAUAAACAAUCAGCCGAAAAAUCAACACAAAAUUCACCCAAAAAUCAACUCUACUUAUUACGAGAAACAGCCUUCUUCUAAUUGCACUUCCGUAAAAAAGUUUCGAAAUUGGAAUUCCAUGAUGCGUAAUCCAUCGACGAAUCAAAUCCACGUUUUGCAGAAUACUAACCGGAAACAAGGCUAAUUGAAGUAGUGCAGACUCCUGAGGGCUUUUGGGGACGCACGGAUCUGUCAAAAGUGCAAUCGGAAUCGGAAUCGGAAUCCUAUUCGCAAUAAACAAGCUCUCAAGUGCUGUGCUGUGCUGUGCUCUUGUCCGUGGGUUAUAGGCCCAAAGAGCAAUUGGAGGCUGCCUUUUGGCUGCCUGCAGCCUGGAGCCUGCAGCAAUGACAAUGUCAUCGGCACUGAAGCUGGCGCUCGCCGAGGCCGUGGCAGAGGCCGCGGGGACCGAGGCAGAGGAGGCAGCAAAAUCGCCCGAGGCGGGCGUUGAAAUGUUCUCGGAUGCGGAUAUGGCGGAAGUGCGGCAUGUUGUUCAACGCAUUUUGGUGCCGUGCGUUUUUGUUAUUGGACUAUUGGGAAAUUCCGUGAGCAUUUAUGUUUUGACGCGGAAGCGCAUGAGGUGCACCACAAACAUUUAUCUAACGGCCCUGGCAAUUACGGACAUUGCCUACCUGACCUUUCAAUUAAUCCUAACACUCCAGCACUACGAGUACAUCAAGUACCACUGCGAGAUCUACUGGCGCCUCUACGGAUACUUUGUCUGGCUAUGCGAUGUCUCUGCAUACAUAUCCAUUUACAUAGCCGUGUGCUUUACCAUAGAGCGAUUUAUCGCGAUACGGUAUCCGCUGAAGAGGCAAACGUUCUGCACGGAAACCCUGGCCAAGAGGGUGAUAUCAGCCGUCGCCCUCUUCUGUUUGCUGUCUACGCUCUCCACCGCGUUCGAGCACACAAUGGACAUCCACUGGAAGUUGAUUGAUGACGCCUACAAGCCGUGCAAUCAAACCCCGGCCAAUGUCUCGCCAACGCCCUCGCUGCCCACACCGGCGACCGUGUGGCACCAGCAUCAGCAGGAUGACCCCGAGGUGACCACCAUUGGGAGUGCUGCAACGUUUCCCCUCUUCGACGGCAGUGGCAAUGGUAACGGUAACUUUAACGGUGAUGGGGAGCCAGGCAACAUUCCACGUCAGCAACGCCGCCGGCACUGGCCGUCAUCUGUGACGCCGCCGCCGGCCCAGAGUGAAACUCUAGAUGCCACCAAGCUGUGGCAGCAGGGCUCAGAGGCGACAGACGGGGAGCGCGACUCCAUAGAGCGGGUCACGGAGAGUCUCCUGCAGUUGUCACGUUCCGGACGUAGCGGGGAGUUCAAUCACUCGGAUGCAUUCGCAUUUAAUGUAACGGAAUAUUGUCAAAAUAUGACUGUUUUUACUCACACUUUCUCGGAGCUGGGCAACAACGAUCUGUAUGUGAACGUGUGGAGCUUGUUCACUCUGUUGGUAUUCGUGCUUUUUCCACUGUUCCUGCUUGCCACGUUCAACUGCUUCCUCAUCUUGCUGGUCCACCGAUCGAAGAGCCUACGCGGGGAUCUAACAAAUGCCAGCAGCAUAAGACGCACCAAGCGGAAGUCCAACACUGGUCUGACGGGCAGCGUUUCGCAGGAGAAUCGCGUGACAAUCACUUUGAUCGCCGUCGUUCUGCUGUUCAUCGUGUGCCAGCUGCCGUGGGCCAUCUAUCUGAUACUCGACCAGUACAUGGAGAUUGCGCCGGGUGCCAAGGUGAUUGCCGGCAACGUGUGCAACCUUCUGGCCGCCCUUAAUGCCGCCUCGAACUUCUUCCUGUACUGCGUGCUGUCGGACAAGUACCGGAAGACGGUGCGCGAGCUGAUCACAGGGUAUCGCUAUCGGCGUCGCCAUGCCCGCAACAACACGAGUCUCUAUGUGCCCCACACGACCACCACGCUGACGCACAUCAACGGCGACCAUCACCAUCAUGGCGCGCCUUACGGUGGGGCAGGCGGCAGCAGUCGUCGCAGCUGCAGUCGGAGUCGCAACAAGGCGACGGCCACGGGUCGCCUGAUAGCGUGAGUCGUGCCGCAGUCUCGAUUCUCGAUUUCUCUGGCAAAAGCGUGAUUAUAGCGUCACUCACUCAAAAGAUGAUGGCAGAAGUGUUUCUCACGAGUACUGAACGAGUCACGAAUGAGUCACGAAUAAUGAAUGAAGGCUUGAAACAUACGCCUGCGUAGAAUAAUGAGUAAAAUACAUAUCUGAUCGAUCAAGGGUGCACUAUCAAAGUUUCACCGUGAUCCAAGCCUGAACAGUGCCUUCAUUUCGGGCAUUUCGCAGACGAAGGACUCUACAUAUAUACAUAUCUCUCUCUCUAUAUACAGAUUAUAUAACAUACAUUGUGCCAUAAUGUGAUGAUUAUAGUUUUAUGAUAGUUAACCUAAACGUAAUUGUUGUCCUAAGUACUAAACGAAUCAAAUACAAAAC